AUGUCGUCAACGGUGCUGCCUGUGCAGACACAGGUUGACGCGCCGUCUGAUGGUCCAAGGCCCAUGCAACAAUCAGACCUUGUCAUGGAAUCUGCAGCGCCCACGGUUCCCGCGCCAGCACCGGCAUCAGUACCCGCACCAGCGACCGAAGAUGUCGUGAUGUCGACCUCGCCCACCACAGCUGCCGCCGUACCCAGCGUCAGUAAAGGCACGAUCCCGCUCGACUCUUCUCUACGUACGACACCUAUUCAUCCAUCUCUUCCGGGGAUCAAAGUCUCUGGAGGCGCCUCUCCCAACACGAACCCUCUCACGCUGCAACCUUUUACCGAAGCUGAACUGGCGCAGCACGGCUACACUCAACUGCGGACGCAAUUCACGCCCGCGGACAAGGAGGAAUUGGCCCGACUGCGCGCCGAGACGGCCGCGCUGCUCAAGCAGAGACUCGACAAGAGGGAGAGUAAAAUGCGGGACAUUCAGAGGGAGAUGGAUGAAAAGGAAAAGAUCCGCGAGGUCGAGAGGAAAGUGUUUCGGAAGAAGUUAGAUGCCAUGAAGGGGAAAUGA